AUGACUUCAGUGAUUGCGUCUGCAAAGCAACAAUAUACCUACAGUGGAAACAUUGAUGCCACAAGAAAUGGUUCUACUGGUAUCAUAACUUCCCCAGGUUAUCCUGGAAACUAUCCAGACAAUGCUGCCUACAUAUGGACACUGAAAACAGGAAAUCUGAAAGCCAGUGUCUCCUUGAGCUUUACCGACUUCAACAUCCAAAAACACGAGCACACUUCACGCUGUAAGGACUAUUUACAGAUAAAAGAGACAGAACCAUGUUGCUAUCAAGUCAUGAAUAGGUGUGGUAUUUUCAGUUCAUUUAGUUUGACAGUUACUGGUCGCAUUAUAACCAUUUGGUUCGUAUCGGAUAAUUCGCUCAACGCCAAAGGAUUUAAUAUGACCUGGAAAGUACUCGUCCAAAAAACCCCAGUAACAAAUGCAUUUACAAAAACUUCAUGGAGCUCAGAUAUAUCAACGAAACUACCACUGACAAGAACCAAAAAUCCGGAGGCAUCUACAGAAAGAAAUACCACUAUAGAUUCAACGAAUUGGGAAAUGUCGUUAAUGACAUCUGACACAACCACGGAGAUAGUUAUUCCACUGACAUCCUCUCAGCCUGUGACUUCACAAACCUCCACAAAAUCUUCAGUUUAUCUGGCCGUUGGAUUCAGCGUAGUGGAACUCGCAUUGAUUGCCUUUGGAAUAUACAUUAUCAAAAAACGACGAGCAAAUACCAUGUGA